GUGAAAAACUCUCCAGUAACUUCCGAGUGCUAGACAUAGCAGCUUUUAACGGGUUAGUGAAGGAACACGAAAGGCGUCGGAACAUAAAUACAUACAUUUCGUCACAUUUAUGUGAAAAUGGGGGCUUGCUUGGCUUUGUGCUCUUUAGCCAGCUGUGCCUCAUGUCUGUGUGGCUCAGCACCAUGUCUUUUGUGUGGUUGCUGUCCCUCUUCAAAUAACUCCACCAUCACCCGCUUGGUUUUCUCCUUCUUCUUGCUGAUGGGAACCUUUGUGUCUGUCAUCAUGAUCCUUCCCGGAAUGGAAACGCAGCUUCGCAAGAUCCCAGGAUUUUGCAAGGGUGGAACUUCAAUACUUGGUAUUGAAAACCAGGUUGACUGUAAUGUCAUCGUGGGGUACAAGUCUGUGUAUCGAAUGUGCUUUGCCAUGACCUGCUUCUUCUUUCUGUUCUGUGCCAUCAUGAUUCGUGUCCGUAGCAGUAAAGACCCACGUGCAGCUAUUCAAAAUGGGUUCUGGUUCUUUAAGUUUCUGAUCCUGGUCGGGAUUACAGUGGGAGCCUUUUUCAUCCCUGAUGGGACAUUUCAUGAUGUGUGGUUUUACUUCGGAUUGGUGGGAUCCUUUAUCUUCAUUAUAAUCCAACUCAUCCUCCUCAUUGACUUUGCCCACUCCUGGAACAAAGCCUGGGUAGAAAAUGCUGAAAAUGGGAACAAAUGCUGGUUUGCAGGGCUGCUGUCUUUCACUGUCCUCCACUAUGCACUGGCUAUCGCUGCUGUGGUGCUUUUCUACAUUUACUAUACAAAGUCAGAUGACUGCACAGAGCACAAAGUCUUCAUCAGCCUCAACCUUAUCUUCUGCGUCAUCGUCUCCAUUGUUUCCAUCUUACCAAAGAUACAGGCAGCUCAACCACACUCUGGUCUGCUUCAGGCUUCUAUUAUUUCCCUUUACACCAUGUAUGUCACCUGGUCUGCGAUGACCAACAAUCCCAAUCGUAAGUGUAACCCCAGUCUGUUGAGUCUAGUGUCAAACAUCAGCACCACUCAACCAUCUGGUGGCAGCCCCCCAGGACAGGUGCAGUGGUGGGAUGCUCAGGGCAUCGUGGGGUUAAUCAUCUUCCUCUUUUGUACUCUCUAUGCCAGUAUCCGUUCAUCCAGCAACACCCAGGUAAACAAGCUGAUGCAGACAGAGGAGGGCGGAGGGUCAGGUGGAGAGGGUGUGGUUGGAGAGGAUGGUAUCCGCAGGGCUGUUGACAAUGAAGAGGAGGGUGUCACUUACAGCUACUCCUUUUUCCAUUUCCACCUCUGUCUGGCCUCUCUGUACAUCAUGAUGACUCUUACCAACUGGUACAAACCAGAAACCAACACCCAGGUCAUGCAGAGCACUAUGCCAGCUGUUUGGGUGAAGAUGAGUUCCAGCUGGCUGGGCCUCGGGCUCUACCUCUGGACCCUGAUUGCCCCUCUUAUUUUCCCUGACAGGGAUUUCAGCUGAGCAUACAUCAUCUUUCGCUUAUAUUUGAUUAUUUGUUUUCUGUUUUUUGGGUGCCUGGUGAAGUCAAGUUGCUAAGAAGGAGCAGAAAGAAUGUUAUUAAGAAUUUUCGUUUCUUGACAUUUCUGGUUUUUUUGACAUUUGUAUGUGUUGUUAUUGUGUUUGUGUUGGUUUACACCUCUUGUUUGGCUUAUUUGGUAAUAAUUACUACAGAUAUUGUUUAAGAAGAUUUUAAAUGUUUUGUAAGUUUAUAGAGUCUAUACUUACCCAUGGGAAUUUUUCAUUUUCCAGUGACUCACAUUGAUAGGCUCACUGUCCUACCUUCUGUAGUGUGAGCAUAUAAGCACCAGUAUCUCUGUUCUAAGUUUUAAAUUCCAUAACAACGACUCAGCAACAAGGCACUUUCUCAAUACCUCAGACAUUUCAGUUAGAUUCCCUUUUAAAGGUCUUUCAGAUCAGAGCUCUCUGAUUGGCUCGAUCUGGAAUACCCCUGAUUAGCUGUACUCCUUUACUGCAGGGGGCACCGAGGAGAGCCCUGAUCGGGAGCCUCAGAAUGAGGUGACUGUGAAAACUAGAUAAGACUAAUAUGGCACGCCCUUCAGAUCAUAACAGGGCUUCCCCGCGGCUACUAGGCUGCAAGCAAAUCCACGUGAUUGCACCUCGAGCAAGAGUGUCCUAAUAGACAGCCAGUCUAAUCUCAGCUCUUCCUCGUCUGCUCCAAGCUAAGAUGAUUUUUCUCCGGUGCUAAGCUUUUCCAUGCCUCUGACAGCCACGGACAACAGUGUAUAUGUCAUGUAUAGCAAGCUGUUUGCAGCAAGGAGACGUGUAUUGAUCCGUAGCAGUCAGCAUCAUGCAGUGUGCAGUGGUACAGUUCAGGAGGUGAAGCAUAAAUCCCACACUACCUGCAUUUAUAAAUGCCAUUAUAGUAAGGAGGUUGCACAGUGAAGUAUUGGGCUAAAAAACUGAUUUUAAGUGUCUCAAUGUACAAAACAAUAAUAAUGCAUUUUCAGAUUGCUGUUAUUGAUUUUUAUUGCUGGUAUUGACUUUCGUAGUGAUUCGAUGGCUGUAAUGGUGAUACAGUACUGUUACAUAUGCAUUAUAUAGUUGUUACCUCAAUUUCAGUAUGACUGGAAUGAGUUGAAAUAAGAUAAGUAUAUUUUGUAAUUGUGGAAAAAGUUUUUGGUACAAUCCUGAUUUGCAGUUGUCAUUUUCAGACAUUUUGCUGGACACACACAUGAAUCAGAUGUUGUGUUUCUCUGGCUGCAUAUGAGUGUAGUAAAUGCAGUUUUUCAAAAGUUUUCUGAUUGAUUUAACUUUUUUUUUAAAAUGUUGUUUAUAUAUUUUGUUCCAUUAAGGGGAAUAUUACAGAUAAAUUUCAUGUGUUGCAUCAUAAUUUAACAUUUCAUAACACUAUUAAGUGCCUUUCUGUAGUUCCACUUUUCAAAAAGUAUCCUAAUAGAUCACUAAUGCUGAUGUGCUUAUUACACCUUGCCUUACAUCGUGGCGAUCUGGUCAUUGCAUGCCAUAAAGCACUGGUCUGUAACAUAAACUGUAUUUGUAAUUUAUGUAUAGACUCAGUUUUUAAUAAAGAUGAACGCUUCUCCACUCA